AUGGAGUCCUCCGAGCCUCUGGACCGCUGCGACUCGCAGCAAACAGCCAUGUCCUUGCUGGAGCUCGACCCGUCGCCGAUGGAGUCGCCAUCCUCGCCCGAGAGCGAUGGCGCCCCGGCGGCCGCCUCGAGGGAAGCAAGCGACCGCCGUUUUCCCACCGUCCAGGCGGCCAGCUGCUCGUCCACCGCCGGCGCCCCAGGGUUGCGGAGCAGCAAUGGCGGCGGCAGAAGCAGAGGUCACGGCGCAAUCUUCUACUGCGCCGAUGGCCAACAAGUAACCCGCGUCCAGCGCUACUCGAGCUACGCCAUGUCCGUCUUCACCUUGCUGCACCUUACCAACGUCUCCCUCAUACCCGCCGUCACCCGCUCCGUCGCCGGCUCCGAGACCUACCUCCUCAUGACGCGGGAAAUCUAUCAAACGUCGGUGACCGAGCCGCUGCUCGUCGCCUUGCCCGUCGUCGCACACGUCGGCUCCGGUGUGGCCCUGCGCCUGCUGAGGAGGCGGCAGAUGAUGAAGAGGUACGGAGAAGGCUCGUCCGGCACGUAUGCACUCUACCGCCUCGUCCGAGCUUCGAGCUCCAAGCUGUGGCCGUCGCUAAGCUACAUAUCCAUGUCCGGCUACGCCUUUGCCGUGUUUUAUUCGGCCCAUGUGCUGGCGAACCGUUUGCUGCCGCUCGCCGUCGAGGGUGACUCGUCCAACAUCGGCCUCGCCUACAUCGCCCACGGCUUUGCUCGGCAUCCGACGGCGUCCUGGCUUGCCUACGUCGGCCUCCUCGCCGUCGGCUGCGGCCACAUGGUCUGGGGCGCAAGGGAAAUGUUGCUGGGCCCGUCGAAUUCGACCGGAGGCUGGCGCGGCAGCGGCAUGGUAACCGUGGACAAGAAUGUCAAGCGGCAGCGGAGGAGGAAAUGGCUGACCGUCCACGGAGUUGCUUUGACCGUCGCCGGCCUGUGGGCCGUGGGUGGAUUGGGAGUCGUCGCCCGUGGGGGGGCAGCUGAAGGCUGGAUAGCCAAGUUGAGCGGGCCGGGAGCGUCAACCGUUGCCGUCCGCUAA